AUGACAGAAUCGGGAAUGACAGGCCCACGCUCACCAUCAUCCCCUUGGGUGCAGAAUCCCCAUCGCGAUGGCGCACAGUCCUUCCUAACCAUAUCGCCGUCGGGCGCCUCCAACCUCGAUCGAUCGAGUCCGAAUUACUUCGGCAUGAGCACACACAACUCCAACCAGUCCGCAAACAUGGGCCCCGUGCAGAAGAACUGGGGCCACUCGCCGCAAUCUGCGCAUAGUCCCAAAAUACACGUCCAUCCCCAGGAACUGGUGUCCGCCGGGUUGGUCAGCAUGUUAAAGACAGAGCCGGAAACGAACCGGCUACGUCGGGAGUCAACAUUCAGCGAUUCCUUCAACGGGAAGCAAGUGAGUCCUGGGCCGAAGACUUCACCCUCGUUUCCGCUGGGAGGAUUCUCGUUGGUACAACCCAGCGCCCCAAGAGGAGGCACUGGCAGGAAUUCCGUCUCCACAGCGACCCUUCCCUUUCCUUGGGUCUCCCCCGAACGCUGCGCCGAUUUAUUAAAAGAAUCCCAGUCGAAUGCCAUGCUCUUUGAUGUUCGGCCAUUCGCUCACUUUCAAAAUGCCAGCAUCAAAGGGUCUCUCAACUUAUGCAUCCCCACCACUCUACUCAAACGCCCCUCGUUUGACACUAAGAAAUUACAGAGUACUUUCAGCGAUGACGCUGCCAAACAGGACUUCGCCCGCUGGAGGGAUUGCAAAUUCAUCAUUGUCUACGACUCCGCAUCUGCCGAUUCCAAGGAUGCAUUGCCUCUUAUGAACGUGCUCAACAAGUUUAAAGCAGAAGAAUGGAAAGGCGAUGGGCUGGUCUUACAGGGCGGAUUCGAAGGGUUUUCGAAGCAGUUUCCACACUUGAUUCAGCAAUCACAGUCGCAACCGACAGGACUAUCCUCCAAGCGUCCUGGGCCCAUGGGAAUCAACCUCCAAUCCGUUGCCCCCGUCGUGGGUGGUUGUGCUUUGCCAGAAUCCACGUCUGCUGCCAACCCAUUCUUUGGGAAUAUUCGGCAAAACAUGGAUCUUUUGGGUGGUGUCGGACAAAUUCCAUUGAAACAACCAGGCCAAAUGACCGAAUUAAAACGAAAGCGACUUCCUCCCUGGCUACAGGACGCUUCUGAUGCCAACGACAAAGGGCAUAUUGUCUCCGACAAAUUCUUAAAAUUGGAGAAGACCGAGCUCGAGCGCAUGAAACAGGCUUUGACCUACGAGGGACCCUCGGCUGAAAUUAAUGGAAGUUCCAAAAAGUAUCGUGUUGCAGGCAUUGAGAAGGGCACCAAGAACCGUUAUAAUGAUAUCUAUCCUUUCGACCACUCUCGCGUUCGUCUGGAAGGUAUUCCAUCCGGAGCCUGUGAUUAUGUGAACGCAAACCACAUCUCGGCUGAACUCACUCACCGGAAAUACAUCGCCACACAGGCACCUGUUCCUGAUACGUUUAAUGACUUUUGGCGGGUGGUGUGGGAACAGGACGUCCGACUUCUCGUCUCCCUCACCGCGGAAGUUGAACGGGGCCAGGUGAAGUGCGAUCGCUACUGGGAGUCUGGAAACUACGGACCUUUCGAGGUGAAGGCCUAUUCGGAAAAGUACAUCUAUAUCGAAUCCCACGGCCAACCCAUCAAUCCGAGUGCGGAGACUCUCAAGACAACGAGUGAGAAACGAGAUGGGACGAACGAAAAUCCGGUUAUCAUUGUGCGCCACUUCAGCAUCCGCCAUACGUCCUUCCCUUUCCAGCCACUCCGGGAUAUCACUCAGCUUCAAUACCCUUACUGGCCUGAUUUCGGGACAAUUUCUCAACCGACCCACCUGCUACACUUGAUUGAGCAAUGCAACAAGGUUACCCGUGCCACCAGUAACCCCACUUAUAACAGCAAUCAACCAGAACCCAAGGGUCAACGGCCGGUGCUGGUGCAUUGCAGUGCCGGCUGUGGACGCACAGGGACCUUCUGCACUGUUGAUAGUGUACUCGACAUGUUGAAACGACAGCGGACCCAUUCCAAGGGCGAGAAAGACACAGGUCCCAAUCCCACUGACAGCAAUGAGUGGAUUCGAAAUUUGGAUCUCGAUUUAAUUGCGAAGACCGUUGAAGAUUUCCGACAACAGAGGCCCAGCAUGGUACAGAACCUGAGCCAGUACGCACUUUGCUAUGAGAGCGUUCUCGAGUGGCUUACGGCUCAGAUGAACUAG